GUCUCCUUGCAAACAUACGCGGUACACCUCUGGGCAGACACAGGGAUAUUGAAAGUAGAGACUGUCAAGUUGCAGAAACGCGAGAGUUCAGCCAAAGCCUCCACCCUCAUUUGUCGGUCUUUUUGACUGACUGACUCCCCUCCCCCAGCUCAGCUGCGGACUCCUGAUAUCCAGAUAUCCAGGACCACCAGAACACCACACCAUCAUGCACUCCACCACCUCCAUCACCUCGCUCUUCUCCUUCACCAGCCCGGCGGUGAAGCGGCUGCUGGGCUGGAAGCAGGGUGACGAGGAGGAGAAGUGGGCAGAGAAGGCCGUAGACUCCCUGGUCAAGAAGCUGAAGAAGAAGAAGGGCGCCAUGGAGGAGCUGGAGAGGGCGCUGAGCUGCCCGGGCCAGCCCACCAAGUGUGUAACCAUCCCGCGCUCGCUGGACGGACGGCUCCAGGUGUCCCACCGCAAAGGGCUGCCGCACGUCAUCUACUGCCGCGUGUGGCGCUGGCCCGACCUGCAGUCCCACCACGAGCUCAAGGCCCUGGACUGCUGCGAGUUCCCGUUCGGGUCCAAGCAGAAGGACAUCUGCAUCAACCCCUACCACUAUCGCCGCGUGGAGACCCCAGUGUUGCCACCAGUGUUGGUGCCGCGCCACAGCGAGUUCAACCCGCAGCACAGCCUGCUGGCCAAGUUCCGCAACGCCUCCAUCCACAACGAGCCCCUGAUGCCGCAGAACGCCACCUACCCCGAUUCCUUUCCCAGCAUGCCCUGCAGCUCCUUCUCCUCCUCGCCGUCGGGCUCGCUCACGCAGUCGCCCAACACCACCGCCUACCCAGACUCCCCCAGCAGUGCUGCCGACCCGGGGAGCCCCUACCACAUCACUGCUGAAACUCCACCUCCUCCAUACUCCAUGAUGGAGACCACCACUCCAGAAGAUGUGAAGCCGACUGACUCCAAUAACCCCAACAAGCUCAUCUUCUCCGCCCCACACAGGGCAGACCUGCGGCCGGUAUGCUAUGAGGAGCCAGAGUACUGGUGUUCGGUGGCCUACUACGAGCUCAACAACCGCGUGGGCGAGACCUUCCACGCCUCCUCGCGGAGCAUCCUGGUGGACGGCUUCACCGACCCCUCCAACAACAAGAACCGCUUCUGCCUCGGCCUGCUCUCCAACGUCAACCGCAACUCCACCAUCGAGCACACACGCAGGCACAUAGGCAAAGGAGUGCACCUUUACUACGUGGGCGGGGAGGUGUACGCAGAGUGCCUGAGUGACAGCAGCAUCUUCGUCCAGAGCCGCAACUGCAACUACCAGCACGGCUUCCACGCCACCACCGUCUGCAAGAUCCCCAGCGGCUGCAGCCUCAAGAUCUUCAACAACCAGCUGUUCGCUCAGCUGCUGUCCCAGUCCGUCAACCACGGCUUCGAGGUGGUCUACGAGCUUACCAAGAUGUGCACCAUCCGCAUGAGCUUCGUCAAGGGCUGGGGUGCGGAGUACCACCGGCAGGACGUGACCAGCACCCCUUGCUGGAUCGAGAUCCACCUGCACGGCCCGCUGCAGUGGCUGGACAAGGUGCUGACCCAGAUGGGCUCUCCACACAACCCCAUCUCCUCUGUGUCUUGACGCAGGCACCGACACAGCGUCCGUGAAAUGGAACCGCACCAUAGGCUCCCCUACAGUAGAAGCCACUUUUUUUGCUCCAUGUUUUUGUGACUGAACCAUGAUUGUUACUUCUUGCAAGGUCCAUCUAGAAACCCCUUGGAAGUUACAUGGUAUCUGCAUGGAACAGGAAAAAACAAAUGGCUUCUAUUGUGCCUAUUUCAAGCAGCCACAAACUGUAACCACUCUUGCCUAAACACAGUGUGCAGUGUGGGUAUUUGUGGACACAUUGUAGGUAUUCUACAUCAAAAGAGUAUUUGAAGUAAUCCUAUUUCAGAAUUUAUUGCUCUCCGAGACGGAGGUGUUAUUCCUCUCAAAUAUGGAAAAAAGUGCACUAAAACCUAGGUCUGCGACCACUUUUUUGCUGUCAAAGUCAAUGUUCAUUUCAGUUGUGUGUGUGUGUAAGAAAAGAAAAACUGAAGAACAAACACAGUUGUAGAAUAGUUUCCAAGCUUUUUUUGGUGUUACUUUCAAAAGAAUUUGCGAUUCUGUUUAUAAAAGUUUGCUGUAUAUGUACAAUGCUAUUCAACACUCCAGCGGUCUGGAGACAAAGUGGGAUCACUACGUAGGUACUAAAAACUCCUGAUGUUAUGUUAGAUGGUGCUUGUGUUGGUUAUGUUACUGAAUUGCAGCCUGUGUAACAUUUUACUCGUUUUGCUGUAUGUGUUUUGUUGGAUUGUUUUUUUAAUAUAUAAAUAUCAUUUCUUCCACAAAAGCCUCUGUUAUUGCUUUUAAAAUGAUAAAGAAUAUUUUCUUUUAUUUGUAUUGACAACCAUUUAGUUUGUUUAGUAUUUUUGGCACUGAAGAGUGGCAGAUUGCCUUUACGUCCCACU